GAACGUUCCAAUUUGUGCCCUGAGCCCCGCCGCGCGGCUGCACAGACUCAAAGUCCGGCGGGCGAGCGCUGCAGCUCCCAGCGUCCGAUCGCGAGCCCCGCCGCCUCCCUUCCCGACCCCGCGAUGCGGCCCGGGCUGUGAGCAGCUGGCUCCCCCGGGACGCCUGGCCGCACCACUACCUCAGCGCACCCCAGCUCUCUGCAGCGUCCCGCCCCCAGGUUUUUGCACUGCCAUAGGGCGCCCCCUUGAGGUUGCUUCACCUGCUGACCAUGUUCCAGCGUUUCACCAGCCUUUUCUUCAGCACUCCUUCACCUCCUGAAGACUCCAACUGCCCCAGGGCCUUUGUCUCAGAGGAGGAUGAAGUGGAUGGUUGGCUUAUUAUUGACCUGCCCGACAGCUACACAGCUCCCCCCAACCCUGGGCCCUCCCCUGCCCCGGCAGGCCGCCCUCCGCCCGCACCCUCCUUGAUGGACGAGAGCUGGUUUGUUACCCCUCCCGCCUGUUUUACUGCAGAGGGGCCUGGCCUUGGGCCUGCCCGCCUCCAGAGCAGCCCCCUGGAGGACCUCCUCAUCGAGCAUCCCAGCAUGUCUGUUUACGUCACUGGCAGCACCAUAGUGCUGGAGUCUGGGCCCCCUUCCCCUCACCCAGAAGCUGCCUUGCCUGAUCAGGACCUCAGCGAUGGAGAGUUGGCGCCCGCCCGCCGGGAGCCCAGGGCCCUGCACCACGGGGCUGCCCCUAUGCCUGUGAGGGCCGUGCUGCUGGAGAAGGCCGGCCAGGUGCGGAGGCUGCAGCGGGCCCGGCAGCGUGCUGAACGCCACACGUUGAGUGCUAAAGUUUUGCAACGGCAGAACCGCGCUCGGGAGAGCGGUGCACGCCGGCCCAAACACCAGGGCAGCUUCAUCUACCAGCCGUGCCAGCGCCAGUUCAACUACUGAGUGCCCCGUCCUGCGCCACGGAUCCCUCGCUGUCUCCUGAUCCCCUUUGGUCCCCUCUGCAGCAGCCAGUGUGCUGCUCAAGGGGGCGUCCAAGGCCCGCUUCGAUCUGAACACAACUUUCCUCCUUCCUAAGUGUGCGGGAUGGGGUGAAGGCUUGUGACUCCCUGACUUCCGGGUCUCUGAUCUUCUAAUUCACCUUUGAACCUCUAGCUCUGUCACUCUCCCAUCUCAGUAUCUGAUCCUCCCACCACCCCAAUCCCCACUCCUAAUCUUGUACUUUUCCUUCUCUGAGCCCUGUCCCCAUCUCUCCCCUUCAUCAUUGCCCUCCUGGUCAAUCCUAUUUCUGAGAGCCUCUCCCACCUGGCUCACUCUCCACCCUCAGCUCCUACUUUACAGGACUUUCCCUUUCCUGUUUGGCUUUACACCCAUUCCUGUUCCCUUCUUCAUUCCUGGCAAUUUCCUCCCAAAUAAAGGGAGGGGACUCUGAACCCAACCCCGAACAGGUACAACAACCUGUCAGGCCUGGGCCACUGUCCUCACCCUACAGUCAGGGGUCAGGUUUGCUUUUAGUCUCCCCCUUUUCUCUGCCCCGGGGGCUGGGCUCCUUGGAGCUGCUUAGGCUUGCUUGGAAAGUUAAAGUAUGUAGAGGAAAAUGGUGAGAUGUGAGUUAGAGAGAGAAGGUGGAGGGAAUCAAGAGAAAGAGAGGGAGCCUACUGGGAGAUGCAGACAGGGACAGACAGGUUGAGGAGCUGUAGGGAGCAGGGCGUCAUGAGAGCUGGCAUUGUGCUUGGUCAGAGAAGCUAAGCCCUGCUCUCAAGCUUGAGUCUGGAGUCUGCCCCCAUUUUCUUUUCCUAUAAUCCUACCUCCCCAGUUUUUCCUGUAAUCUGUCUUAAGGACCCCCCCACCCCAAAUCUGGAGUCUGAAGGGCUUUUACCCUGCCACCUUACCUUGACAUGCCACCCCAGGAGUAGAAGCUGGGCAAGGCCCCGCCAUCCUGGCCAUCUCUGUCCUCAUGUCCAAGGUGCUAGAAUUAGUUUAGGAGAGAUGCAGGCCAGAGGGCUUCCAGGCAGGGAAAAGGGUUCAUACCCCAGGCAAGAAUGCAGAGGGAUGAUGGGCAAGAGGACAAGCUGUGGGGCAAAGCCAUCUCCAGACUUGACAGCUUUGUCUCCAUCUUGCCUCUGGCCUUAUAUUUCAUAUUUUGUUCAGUAUAGCUGGCUAAUAAACACUCCUGGGUAGGAGGCCAGGAGCUUCACUGUUCCAAUUUCCAAAUUUUUCAUACUGAGAGUCAAGGCCUUCAAGGGGCUUCUUCAUGUUCUCUCACAGGGCUCUUCCAUUCUGGGUGCCCUAUGGCCCCCUUUCCCUUUUUAGUGAAGUAUCUGGAGGAAGGAACCUGAAUCCUUGGGUAGACAGGGAUAGGGGUGACCAGAUUCCCGUUUUUUCUUGUGAUGGGGCUCAGACACCAGCAACAGCCUCUUGGGAUGCCCUGAGUUGCUUCUGAUUCUUUUUAGCUGUCCUUUGUAAAUGUGUGCUCUUCCUUCCUUAAAAUUUUAAAGAUUUCCUGUUACAUACUAACAUAGGUCUUCCCUUUUUCUUCAUACCAAUUCCAGGUUUCCAGGCCUCACAGCCAAGCUGGGUUGGAGAAAACUCUGCAUUCCUAUGGGUAAAACCAGCUGCCCUUUCUGAUCCUCUCUUGCCAGGUCUCACGUGGCAUGUGGGGAGAGGAGAGGGUAUCCCCCAGGAUGCUGGGAUGGGUCUUCUCUCCCAAGGAAUAAGCCAAACUGAACCUAUAAGCAGACCGAAGACCCCACACCAACCCUCAAGGGCCCUCCCUCGUAGUUGAUAGCCUUGUUUCUCUCCCAAGUUCUUCAGUUACAACCUAAUACACUUUCUCUACUAGCUAUCCCUAAGGCCACUUCCCAGCCAGCUUAGGAUCUCCAGCACUUCCAAAAGCUGAAACUCCCUUUAGCCCUUCCGGUCUACUUCUCACUGCCAGAUGGGGCCCAGGCUUAGUCCUGGGCAAGUGCCCAUGAUCCUGCUGGCAGGGGAAGUUUAAUAGGGUAUUUGCCUCAAACUUCAAUAGGCCGCGCCCCUGAUCUGUAUUUCUAGAAGCUCCUGUAGUUCUAGAACUCUCCAAUCUCUCACCUGACUGGUUGCAAGGCACUUUUUUUUUUUUUGUACUUUCCUAUAGAUUCUGUAGCAUUUGAGUGUGGCAAUAUCUUAAUUGUGUAUAGAUUUCUAAGACCCAACACUACUCAGUCUCCUGCUAGUCCGACUCCUGAAGCAUCAGACCUUGUCAUACUGUAUUGACUGCGUAUGUGCCUUUCACCUUGAGCAUGCUUCAGGAUUUUUUUUUUUUAAACCACAGAACUUGAAUAUACAAGGGAACCAGAAUUCACAAAGUCCUAUGCAACCCUAGACAGGAGGGGAUUAGAGUCUGUCUUGACUGAUGAUUUCAGAGACCCUAGAGAAGUUUGUACCAAUUUGUGAGUAUUAAUGUCAAUACUACCAGCACUUUGCCAAAACUAAGGAUGUCAGAGGGACCUGUUUCUAGAGAAGAGUCCCAAUUCUAUCAAAGGGCAACUUCCAGCUUUCUCCAAUGUCUGAGUGGUUCUCUUGAGCUGGGUGUCACUUUCUAACCUUUGCCAGUCUAGCCCCAGCAGGGCACUGUGUGUGUGUGAGUAUAGUUUGGUGCUGUUUUGGAGUAUGCCUGCUCCCCAGUCUGGAACCCUCUGAUCAACUUGCUGUGACCUAUAAUGUCUUAGGUGCAACAAGGACCCCACCAGAGCUCAUGGAUGGCUCCCUAGAUCCAUGAAGCUUUUGAGGGGACUGACUGCAGAUGAACCACAGUCUGCUUCUAAUACCUUGCUUCUUACCUUGCCACCUAGUUCCAAAUGGAACCAACAAGUUGAGUGUAUCCCUGUUGGGUGUUUUGUGUUGACUGGCUGAAAUGAAAAAAUUUGACUGACCAUGUUGUGAUGUGUCGACAGACUCAAGGACACAACCACCUCGACCUGGUCAUGUGGCAUGCCUGUGUAUGUGUGUAACAGGAUUCUGAUUGUUAGAUUGUAAUGCUAUUCCUGUAUGGGAGAAAAAAUAAUAUAAACAAAUAAAAAUCUAUUUAAAGCACA